UCCCUGACACCCUCACCUACAAGAUGUGCACCCAGCUGCACUUUGAGGAGUUGGAGCUGAAAAUGGAUGAAUUGUGGAUCAUCCAGCAGUUGGAGGUGGUGAUAGAUAUGACAUGAAGAGAGGUUAAAAAUGACAAGGAAUUUGCCUACGGGAACCUCGAACACAACACGCUAGUUUUGCUGUCUCUGUCCAGAUAUUUAAGAACAGGAGCAAGGGAUUCAGCCGAUCAUCCUUCCUGCUCAGACUGUGGGGAGGGAUUCACUUGAUCAUCUGACCAAUUGGCACGCCCAUUAGUUUACAUGGGGGGAGCCCAUUCAUCUGCUCAGACGGUGGGAAUGGAUUCACUCAGUCAUCUCAACUGAAGGUACAUCAGCAAGUUCACACUGGGACAAGGCCAUUCACCUGUUUGUUCUGUGUGUGAGCAGGGAUUCAGUGGGUCUUCCCACCUGUGGACACACCAGUCAGUUCACAUUGGGCAAAGACUGGUCAUCUGAAGAAUUUGUGGGGAAGCAUUCACUCUGUCAUCUGACCUAAUGGCUCACCAGCGAGUUCACACUCGGGAGCGGCCGUUCACCUGCUCAGACUGUGGGAAAGGAUUCACUCAGUCAUCUCAGUUACUGAGACACCAGUCAGUUCACACUGGGGACAGGCCAUUCAACUGCUCACUCUGCGGGAAGGGAUUCACUUCUGCAUAUAAGCUACUGAGACACCAGUCAGUUCACACUGGGGAGAGGCCAUUCACCUGCUCAGACUGUGGGAAGGGAUUCACUUCAUCAUAUCAGCUACUGAGACACCAGUCAGUUCACACCGGAGAGUGGCCGUUCACCUGCUCAGACUGUGGGAAGCGAUUCACUGAAUUAUCUCGACUGAAGAUACAUCAGCGAGUUCACACUGGAGAAAGGCCGUUCACCUGCUCAGAUUGUGGGAAGGGAUUCGCUCAGUCAUCUCAACUGAAGGUACAUCAGCGAGUUCACACUGGGGAAAGGCCGUUCACCUGCUCGGACUGUGGGAAGGGAUUCACUUCAUCAUCUCUACUGAAGGUACAUCAGCGAGUUCACACUGGGGAGAAGCCAUUCACCUGCUUGGACUGUGGCAAGGCAUUCACUUCAUCAGCUCACUUACUGAGACACCAGCAGCGAGUUCACACUGGGGAGAAGCCAUUCACCUGCUCAAUCUGUGGGAAAGGAUUCACUUCGUCAUAUAAGUUACUGAAACACCGGUCAGUUCACACCAGAGAGUGGCCGUUCACCUGCUCAGACUGCGGGAAGGGAUUCACCGAAUUACCUCAACUUAAGGUACAUCAGCGAGUUCACACCAGAGAGGCACGCAGACGCUCAAAGGCUAGUGAUGAAAGUUUCUGCUAG